AUUGCUAUCAUACAAAACUCCUCACUAUUCUUUUACAUCCCCUGUUAAUUUUACUCUCAAAAAUGGCGAGCUCAAGUGUGGGAAUGGUCUGUCUUUUGCUAGUCUCGUGGAUGGUUGUGCCGAGCUUGGCCAAAGUUUACACUGUUGGUGACACCCCUGGUUGGACAACUGGUGUAGAUUAUAGCACUUGGACUAAAGAUAAGACAUUCAAAGUUGGCGAUAGCCUUGUUUUCAAUUACCCAACAAGCCACACAGUGGAUGAAGUAAGUUCAAGUGACUACAGUACAUGCACGGUGGGCAACGCAAUCACAACAGAUAACAGUGGAGCAACCACCGUUGCUCUCAAGACCGCCGGGACGCAUUACUUCAUUUGUGGUGUGGUGGGUCACUGUGCGAAUGGAAUGAAACUUUCAGUCAAAGUGGAGUCAGGUUCAUCGGCAGCACCAUCUAAGUCACCAUCGUCUUCUUCGUCAUCCUCGCCAGCUUCCACCGAUAAACCAUCGACCAGCACACCAUCUACUACAACAACAACAACUAAAGCCCCAGACUCCUCAUCCUCGUGGAGUCUCUCCCCAUUUAUGGCUGUUGUCACAACUUGUCUUGCGUUGUUGGUUUUGGUCAUUUCGUAAUAAGCUUCUCGGCAAAGAGUGUCGGCCAGCCAUGGUCAGGAUAGAGGCAGUGCUGCUGAUCUUAUCUUUUUCCCUUUUCUUAUUCCUUUUUAUUAUAUUGUUUGUGUUGAGGAUCAUUGUAUCUUCAUGAAUGAGAUGGUUGGGCUUCCAUGGCGUUAGGUACGUACAUCAAAUAUGUAAGUUAUAUUGUUCAUUGUUGUAUCAUGUUCUAUGUGAACAUUGAUUGGAAUUUUCAAUAAUCCAUCGCCUUUUGGCUA